AUGUUUUCACAUCCUCCUUCAUUCCGACGCCUUGUUACAACAUUUAAACCAUCAUCAUUGUGUUGUGGUGGCUUUUCUUCACAACAUUCCAUGCUUAGGUAUCAUUCUUCAAUUCAAACACAUGCGAAUUAUUAUACGAACAUGAUUCAAUUGCAACAGGAACAAGAAGCGUUUAAUCCAUUUGAAGGAAAAACGGAAGGAUUGAAAAAGAUUGAUUUCGUUCAUGUCUUGCCAUCGGAUGUGGUUAAGAACAAGAGAGAAUUACUUGUCGAAGACAUGAUUGCAGUCAAUGAAAAGAAUGUGAAUAGCAACUUUUACAAGGAUCACUUGAGAAAAGCUGCCUUGAAUUGGAGAAAAGAAAUUAAAAAGUUGAGAAGAGUGGAUUUAGGUCCAUUUGCAUCAGCAACUUUUGAAAAUUACGAUAUCAAUUGGAUGUAA